CCUCACUCACCAACCUCUUCUUCAUAUAUUCAUUCAUUCAUCCAUCUUCACCCUCCAACCAAUGCCCCGCAACAAUGGCAUCGAAGGAUCCAACACUUCUCAAACUCCACUCAGCACGCUCCGACCUCAAAACCCUCCUCCAAGCCUCAUCGGAGGCACAACACGACAUCAAAGAAACCGACAAAAGGUUUUCUCUCUACCAGCAAUCUCUCUCAACCGCCUCCAGAAGAAUCCUCCCUCUGCAGUCCCUAACCAUGUCCAGAAAAGCCCUCGACGCCAGGAUCACCAGAGCGGUUUCCCCGGCGGUGGAACUCCUCAACACGUUCAAACGCACGGAGGCUCUUCAGGGUAAGCUCGUCACCUUCUCGGCCGAGCUGUCGUCGGAGAAGUCGCAGCAUAGGAGGUUGGAGAAGCUGGUGGAAUACGUGGGGUGCGUGGAAGAAGUGAAGGAAGGGAUAGAGAACAUAUGCGACGAGGUGGAGACGGUGGUUCAGAGGCUGCAGGAGGUGGUGGAGUUUGUGAGCAGGACGAAGGCUGCGGAUCAGGACAGGGACGUGAGGCUGAAGGAUGCGUUGGUGACGCUGAAGGUGCUGUAUGAAAGGGAGGUGGAUGAGAUGAGGUUUGAGGGGUUGUUGGAUCAGGCGUUGCUCCAUGUGCAGGAUGAGUUUGAGGAACUGCUGUUGAGGAUGAAGCACCGGAACAUGAAGGAUUUGGUGCACCAGCAUGGUGGCGAAGAAAGGGAACUGGGGUCGGAGACGGAGGUUGAAGCCCUCAGAAGAAUUUCAACCACCCUUGCUGCCAAUGAUUGCAUGGACAUUUGCAUUGAUAUAUACCUCAAGGCGAGAUACAGAAGAGCUGCGAAGGCACUGAUGAAGCUAAAUCCCGAUUACCUUCGAACGUACACCCCAGAAGGAAUCGACGAAAUGGAGUGGGAAACCUUAGAAACAGCCAUAACCCUUUGGAUUCAACACUUCGAAGUCGCAGUGAAGAAGGUGCUGUUUUCAGAAAAGAAACUCUGCGAGAAUGUCCUGGGCGAUUUCAUGGAGGGUCUAGUUUGGCCAGAAUGCUUCAUCAAAAUCUCCGACAAGAUCAUGGCCGUGUUCUUCCGCUUCGGAGAAGGCGUGGCCCGAAGCAGCAAAGAGCCCCAGAAGCUCUUCAAACUAUUGGACAUGUUUGAAUCCCUAGAAAAACUCAAACCCCAUAUAUCACAAAUCUUCGAAGGAGAACCUGGCGCAGACAUAUGCACGCGGUUCCGUGAGUUGGAGAAGCUCAUCAUCGACGCCUCGAGCAAAGUCUUCUGGGAAUUCGGACUCCAAAUAGAAGGCAACAUCGACGGUCUCCCCCCUCCGCAAGACGGUUCCGUUCCGAAGCUCGUACGUUACGCCAUCAACUACCUCAAAUACCUAACCGCAGCCAAUUACAAAACAUCCAUGAUCAAGGUUCUCCGAACACAACAAACGUGGAGAGGAAAAGAUGGUAGUAGUAGUAUUGAAACUAGUGGCAAGGAGACGUUAACGGACGAGGGUUUGUUGAAGCAUGCGAUUUCCAACGUGAUGGAGGCGCUUCAGAGGAACGUAGAGUCAAAGAGAGUGUGUUGUAGGGACAAGGUGUUGGUGCAUGUGUUCACGAUGAACACCUAUUGGUACAUAUACAUGAGAACAAAGAACACGCAGCUUGGUGAGGUGUUGGGAGAGAAGCGUAUGAAGGAGGAAUACAAGGCUGUGGCGGAGGAAUGCGCUUACUUGUAUCAGAAGCAAGCAUGGGGGGCUUUGGUGAAGGUUUUGGAUGGUGAGGAUGUGAGGGAGGAAGGGAAGGGGAGUGUGGGAAGAGUGGUGAGUGAAAAGGUUGAGACUUUCUUCAAGGGUUUGAACGAGGUAUGUGAUAGACAUGCCAGAGGGGUGUAUAGUAUACCUGAUGUUGAUUUGAGGGAGCAGAUGAGAGAGGCUACAGUGAGGCUUGUGGUGCCUGCAUAUGCAGAGUUUUUGGAAUGUUAUUCAGAGUUUUUGAAUAAGAAAGGGUACCCCAGUGUUGAGAGGGUGAAAGGGUUGGUGGUGAAGGCUUUUGAUGGAGGAAGGUUGAGGAGGAAGGGUUCUGCUUCUGGGUCAUUGGAGAGAGAUGUUGUUGUAAGAGAUGUUUGA